AUGAUUGUAAAGUUACAUAAUCAACACACGUACACUUUACACAGUCACUGGAACUUAACCGUAUAUUUGACACUACUAUUGGCCGCAAUGGUCUUAGCACACGAUCUCCCAUUCAGAGAUUGCGAAAACCGCGAUUAUGGUAAAACAUUCAAAUUUGACAUCAAAUCCUGCAAUGGUACCGAAUUUUGUCAAAUUAAACGUGGCCAACCUCUGGACAUUACAAUUGAGUUCGAACCUAAUCAAGAUGAUAACAAUUCCACAUUAACCCUGGGCGCUGUUUACUUUUACCAUGGUGAGGAACAAAGAGUCCGAUUAGAUACAGAUCUGCCCAAUUUUGACAACAACACGUGUCACCACACAAACUGUCCAAUACGUAAAGAUAAUAAAAAUACUCUUACGUUAAAAAGCACUUUACCCAAGGAUUCAUUGCCCAACGCUAAGCGCAUACAACUAUUGACAGUUAUUGUUGACAACCCUCAUGAAGAGCCUCCAGAUGAAUUAAUUCCUCUGGAGACUAAGCAAGAUGAUAGUAAUUCGACCAUAAUCUUGGUCGCUGUUUACGAUUACCAUGGUGAAGAAGUGAGGGUCCAGGUUGAUCCAUUGUUACCAGAAUUCGAUGGCAACACCUGUCAUCACACAGACUGUCCAAUACGUAAAGAUCAUAAGAAUAGUCUAGAGUUGAAUAGCACUCUACCCGUAGAUCUAUUGCCCAACGCUAAACGCAUACAACUAUUGACAACCAUAGUUGAUAUUAAUUUAGAUGAGAUUUUGCUGGAAUUUUUAUUCCACCUACAAUUCUUAGUAAUUCUACGCUUAUACGGACUUUUAGGAGUCACCUUGGAGAAACUUUUAAAUUUGACAUCAAAUCAUGCAAUGGGAGCGGAGUUUGUCAACUUAAACGUGGUGAAC